AGUUAUAAUUUCAUUACAUUUUACUUAACGUAUUUCUUUUCUAAUACAAUAUUAAAUUUUGUACAUAUUAAAAUGGACGGUGAAGAAAUUAUAAAGCAUUUUUAUGGUGUAUACUUGUUAUAUUGUAUGAAUCCAAAAUAUAAAGGAAGAACUUACAUAGGAUACACAGUUGAUCCUCGACGUAGACUUAAACAACAUAAUGCAGGAAAAGAACAUAGGGGAGCAUGGAAAACAAGUAAUAAGGGACCAUGGAAUAUGGUAUUAAUUAUUCAUGGAUUUCCAAAUAGAACAGCUGCACUUAGGUUUGAAUGGGCUUGGCAACAUCCUCAUGUUAGUCGACGUCUCAAACAUGUACCUAAAAAAAAAGCACGUCAAAAAGUAUUUGAAUUUUGUUUACUAGUCGUAUCAGAAAUGUUAAAUGUUGGACCUUGGUGUCGUUUACCCCUAACAAUACGUUGGUUAAAUUACGAUUUUUUUGAGAAAUACUCUUAUCACAUUUCAGCUCCAAUGCAUAUGCCUGUAUGUUGUGGUAAAGUUAUUUCUCAAAAAAUCAAGAAGGUGUAUGAUGAAGAAUUGAAUGAAGUACAAAUAUUAGAGGAAUCAUAUGUGACUUGUUCCAUAUGUAGUUCAUUUAUAGAAAAAAAAGAAUUAAUUACUUGCAUAAAGCCUAGCUGUCGCUUGGUAGCUCACUUAAUUUGUUUAGCAAAAUUAUUUUGUAAAGACAAUAUGAUUUUACCAAUUGAAGGUAUUUGUCCUGCUUGUAACACAAAUGUUUUGUGGGGAGAUUUAAUUAGGAAAAAAAUAGGUUGUUAUGAAGAUUUAAAAGAAAUUUCUAUAAAUAGUAAUGAUUGUGUAUGAACAUAGUAAGAUUAAUGAUAUACACUUUUCUCAAUUGUAGAUUGAAAUAUUU